CUCGGUCAAGCCAUGUCAAAGCCUGGUUGUUCCAAGGAAAACAGGCAGACAUGGGUCAACACCUGGAGCCAACGCUGGGGAGAAAUCGCUCGAUCCAAGGUUCGACAUGAGGAGAGGAUUGGAAGAGGAGUGCCAUCCGUUUUCCCUAGGGAUCCACAUAUCGAAGCUGAGGUAUGGUGAGCAGGGAGACUAUUUAUGUAGGCACCAGGAGGGUCCAGUCUGACCCAGUAAGAACUGGUCAUUUUCCUGCUUGAGUAGUGUUCAAGUAUGACCAACUGACCUGUUGACUUGUGCGACUCGUAGGGAAUGAGGGUGGCUGGAUCUGGAUCCAAUACAAUCUCGAAUUAUUGAUGUGAGACUUCCCUUAUUCCCUUACUAUAAGCACCGCACCAGUCAGCCUUUUUAGGGAAAAUGAUCGAAAAAAAAAAGAAAAACAGAAAAAAAAACAACAACACAGAAAACACAAAACAAAACACACCAAGUAUGUCGUUUUACAUUAAAGAGAACCGAGACCACCGACCACCUGACCCUUCGUUCCUCGGGAGCGGAACCGAGGUGCCCACCUCCCCAGCCCCGCUGACGCCGAUGGUCUGUCCUCGAUGCCUCCAUGGUGAUCUGCCGAACUUCCCCUACGUCUCGGUCGGUGAACUCAUGCGGAGCUACGGCACCGAUCAAGAGGUCUUUCGCCCACCCGAAGAUGUUCAAGAAAGCAGCACCUGUGAUAGUGCAGAAGGCGAAUUCUCCCCGGAGGAUCCGCAGGCCUCACAAGAGCUCGGCGAAGACAUCAUCCUCUCGUGGGCCACGGGCGUCUUGACUGAUGGCAUUGUCCUCUGUAAGGAUGAGCGUGGAGACUACUUCCGCUGGUUGGCUCGGAUCGUGCUCUACGACAUGCUGGACGAGGAGGUACUCCAGGAGCGCGCCAAGUCUCGGGAGGACACCAGCUCCACCAAGGUGCGCUCCCGAGAGGGCGGAAAACGGAUGAGCUUCGUCAUGGCUUUGUCUGCCGCCACGCCGCCACUGGAGAGCGACAAACCCGAGAAGGCUGAGAAGGCCCGACCUUCCGUGUCCGAAGCCACCACUCGCUCACGUGGUUCACGGAUGGAGGCCACGAACGCCAGCAUGUCCUUGGCAUCGUUGAUCUCCAACUUCACCGCCGACCGGUCGCAAGCCGUGUCCAAGAAGAAGGCGGAUGAAGCUCAACAGUUGAAGGAGGCGGAGCGCGAUUGGUCGAUCCCCAUUCCCGAUCUCUUCUUGGCUCGGAUGCGUGUGCGUCGGCGAGGGCGUCUGAUGACGUGACACGAGGACCAUGGCGGGUGAGGAGGCCAAGGCACGUCGACGCUCCAUGGCCAAUCGCAUGCUUCAUGACUAUGGCCUGGGGAAUGAGCUACAGCGGCAGAAUCGUGCAGACCGAGAGGUGGAUAUGAUCCAGCGGCUUCAGUCCUUAGUUCCGGAGUCUGAGCUACAACUUCUAAAGAAGGAGUUUGCCGGACAGGUGCAGAUGCUGCCGAACGGGCCCAACCUGCUCCAGGGAGGCGCUGCCCAGCUGGCACAGAAGAUUCUCAUCCCUCGCCUGAGGGCACCGGUGCCACGUCAUGAGCAGGACGAGCAAGCGGCGCUGAAGGAGGCGCUCACACAGAUGCGGAAGGAAGGUGGCCAGUCGCACUCCAAUGACCUCGCGGCCCACGCACAGGUGAAGCACAUCGCGAAGGAGAUCAUGCAAGUCAGUGCCAAGAAUGCGACUCAGUGCUAUCACCAUGCGGGCUUUGCAGAGGAGG